AUAUAUAUAUAUAUUGCGAUGAAGUUUAUUCUCGUUCACGACGUUGUGGAACGCUAGGCAAAACAAGGCACUGCAAGGGCUGUCCGAAGCACGGGGUCGCUCGAGAUCACGGCACGGCCCUUCGUCUUCUUCUUCAGACGGCACAUACACAGGGGCGCGUCUGCUUCAUUACAAUGCCCCGGGAGCUAAGCGUAGCCAUCCUGGCGACUCAGGGCGCGGAGAAGAUGAGCGGGUCGUAGUACGGUUUCAGGCGGUUGACAUGUACUGUCUCUCGCCCACGACGACGCAGGUCUGGUGACACGGUGAGCGGCUCGACGAUGUAGUUGACCGGUGAAGUGGCCUCGAUUAUACGGUAUGGACCGUGAUAACGCGCCAGGAGUUUGGAAGAAAGGGACGGAGUGCACGCGCCUCGUAUGGGCUCCGUAUAUUUCAAACUCUUGUGGCCAAACAAUCACCGCUGGACCCAAACUAACGUCGGAACCAGCUUCCGGAAGUGGUCCGCUACCGAUCAAGACCAGUCCCGACGCCAGGGACCCAGGACGAGGGUUUCUACGACCACAAGAUUGCUAACCCUAACAAGACCUUCAGCUGCUCCGUCUGGCCGAGAGACAGGUGCGCCGCAGCUACGAAGGUGCGCGGCGUCGCUGUCGCAGUCCUGGCUCCCGAGGACUUCGCCCAACGACUCGCACCCUCGUGAGAUCAAGUAAGUGCAGCCCCUCCCCUCGUCAUGGAGGUAGUAGAGGUUGAAGGCACGAAAAUAGCCCCCGAAGAAGUUUCCGUUGAAGCAGGGUGGCUUGUCAGCCACCGUAAGCAACGACAGACUACGCAGGCAUCAUCCCUACUCAUACACGGAUCCCUCCAUGCAACAGCAAGCGCACGUACCGAGAGUACCGAGCAGCCCGCACUACGCCGACGCGCACCACGGCAACCACGACUUCCGAAGAAUGAUAUCAAGAUCGUCAUACGCCCAAGAGACGGUUUCAACGUGUCCAAACUAGGAGACGCCCAGAUACGCGACUCAAUACUAAAGAUCACGGGCAUUACAACCAAAGAAGCAGAGGACGACAUUUACCGCUCAUGCACGGAUAAUAAUGUCAUUGUAGUUAGCACGCCAAUGAUGUCUAACGCCGAAAAAUACUGUCGCAUCCGCAGUCUCCCCAUCGGAGCAGUCCGCUACGCUGCCACAGCAUACGUCACACCGCCGGAGGACACAGUCAAAGGAGUCAUACAUAACAUCCCUUCAUAUGACACGGACGAAGACAUUACCAACAGUCUCAUUUACAAGAAGAACCCUACGAUUCUGCAGGCCCGACGCAUGGGCAAGACUAAUUCAGUGCUCAUCGUAUUCGACGGAAAGCAAGUACCGUACCAUGUCUACUACCGCGGAGCAGAAUACAAAUGCUAUCUACAUAAGAAGCGCAUCGAGGUCUGCGACAUUUGCGGGACCGUCGGCCACAGGGCCGAUGUAUGCCCCACUCCAACCCAGAAGAAAUGCAAGAGCUGUGACACAGUAAAUCCACCGGAUGAUCACCCCUGUCACCCUUGCUGCGCGCUCUGCGGCAAAGACCACCCGACUGGUGAUAAGUCCUGCCAUCGCCGCUUCCAGACACCACACCUCCUACUCCAACGACGAUGGGAACGCCUACGACUGGGACAACAAGGAGCUGACCAGGAGAUGGGGCCAUCGACUUCUGCAAAUGGAGACUCAGCUCUGCCAACACCGAAGUCAACACUACAACCGCAGGCUCCCGAACGCAGCAAUCCACGAGGACGCAGUCGGUCUCGUGGACGCAGCUGCUCCCGAGGUCGCAGUCAGUCACAAGGACGCAGUCACUCUGGGAGCGGACCGGAUUCAACACCGCCGCAGCAGCAAGGAAACACAAGCCUUAGAACGACCACAGUCAAAGUGCAAGACGCACCCCCCAAGGUAAGCUGGACCAGCAUUGUCUCCCACACAGGUCACACCACACAACCUAUAGCAACCCCAGUGAACACAGUUAGUGACGCUACCAUGCACAGCUUCAUGCAGGAGCUCCGAUCCUUACGUGCUGAGAUACAAGAACUCAAGACAGAAAAUGCUAAUCUCAAAUCACAACUUGCAGACACACAACCCAAACAUUUACCAUCAAAUGCAGACAUCCUUGCUGUUCCUGCAAUAGAUUGCCGGCAAACCACCCAACAACCAACCUCGCACAAACGCAAAGCUCUCGAACCAAUCUCAAAUGCGGCAACACCAGCAUACCCUUCAGAAGGAAAUGUCAACUGUGAGGCCAUCACUGAGCUGCAACAGCGGAUAGAACGCAACCUGAACGAAGCAAUAGAUUGUAAGCUUGCCACAUUGCUCGACGCCUCCAUUGCAAAAGCUCUCGAACGCGCAAUGGACAACCUCCUUACGGCGAAACUAGAAACGCUACUACUGCCCAGAAUUGAGCAAGCCUUUGCGGCAAGAGAACAACAGCGACAGGAAAACAUGGACGACACGCGCAAAGUGCUUCAAGACAUGGUCGCAACUUUGGCUCAAAAUCACAACACCCGUUUGACAGAAUUGGAAAACACCCUACUCCGUCCCAGAGCAGGUCCCCUGAAGAAGCCGUACUCGCGUCCCGACAAAGAUGGCUGCGAGUAA